AUGAUAGCUACGUCCGAAGUUCGUACAAUAGCUAAAAGGUUCGCCAGAAGCUACUCUAAUCUGCCUUUGAGCGUUAAUAUUACCCUACCCAACGGUAUUACUUAUAAACAACCAACAGGUCUCUUCAUUGACGGAAAGUUCGUCCCUUCCAGGCAGAAGAAGACAUUCGAAGUUGUGGACCCUUCUACAGAAGCUGAGAUCACCCAUGUUUAUGAAGCGCGCGAGGAAGAUGUCGACGAUGCUGUGAUUGUCGCUAAGCGGGCAUUUGAUUCAUGGUCCGUCGCUGAUCCGGAAUUCCGUGCGAGAUGCUUAUUUAAGCUAGCGGACCUCAUCGAAGCUAACCAUGAGACUUUGGCUGGGAUUGAGUCUAUGGACAAUGGUAAAUCGCUACAAUGUUCAAGAGGCGAUAUAUCUUUGGUUGCUCGUUACCUGAGACUAUGUGGAGGCUGGGCUGAUAAGCUCAAUGGUACUUACAUUAAUACUGGGUCUGAUUCCCUCAAUUAUACAAUCAGAGAACCCUUGGGUGUCUGUGGGCAAAUCAUCCCAUGGAACUUUCCUUUGUUGAUGUGGUCAUGGAAAAUCGGACCUGCUCUAGCUACUGGUAACACGGUUGUGUUGAAGCCAGCUGAAAGUACUCCAUUAUCUGCUCUAUAUGUUUCGCAAUUGGCCAAUGAGGCCGGUAUUCCAAACGGUGUCAUGAAUAUUUUACCUGGUUUCGGUAAGAUUGUUGGUAACCGUUUGUGUACUCAUCCUGGUAUUAGUAAGCUUGCUUUCACGGGUUCUACCGCUGUUGGUCGUCUAGUCAUGAAGGCCUGUGGUGAUACUAUAAAGAAGGUUUCCCUGGAAUUGGGUGGAAAGUCUCCAAAUAUUGUCUUUGCUGACGCGGACUUGGACCAAGCCGUAAGCAACAUUGCAUUCGGUAUUUUCUACAAUUCUGGUGAAGUUUGCUGCGCUGGUUCAAGAAUUUACGUUCAGGACACUGUUUACGAUGAAGUUUUGCAGAAGUUUAAGGCAUACUCUGAGAACAUCAAGGUUGGUAACCCAUUCGAUGAAGAAGUGUUCCAAGGUGCUCAAAAUUCAAAGGUUCAAUUUGACAAGAUUAUGUCCUACGUUGGAAUUGGUCUUAAGGAGGGUGCCACUCUUCUCACUGGUGGUGAGAGACAUGGAGACAAGGGCUACUUCAUCAAACCUACUAUUUUUGCCGAUGUUAAAGAGGAUAUGAGAAUUGUUAAGGAGGAGAUCUUCGGACCAUUUGUUACCAUUGCAAAAUUCUCUACUGUUGAUGAAGUUAUUAGUUUAGCUAACGAUUCUGAAUAUGGUCUAGCAGCUGGUAUUCAUACCAAGGACAUUAACAAGGCUGUUGAGGUUUCAAACAGAAUCAAGGCAGGUACAAUUUGGGUGAACACUUACAACAACUUCCACCCAAGAGUGCCAUUCGGUGGAUUUGGUCAAUCUGGUAUCGGUUCUGAAAUGGGAGAACAAGCUCUGGACAACUAUACCCAAACAAAGGCUGUGAGAAUUGCAAUCACAAAGCCAGAGAAAUAA